UUCAUUACGAUGGUUCUGUCGUGUUGUGUUAUUAAUUGUACAAGUAGAUUUGGACAAUUUAGUUUCUAUCGUGUGCCUAAAAAACCUUUGGAAAAAAGAAAAUUGUGGAUAGAAGCAAUUAAACGAGAGGGGGAGAAUGGAACUGUAUGGGAACCCUCAGAUUACGACCGUGUAUGUUCUCGUCAUUUCAUCACUGGCCAAAAAAGUAAUGACCAAGAGAACCCAGAUUAUGUCCCAUCUAUUCAUAUGGGUACCAUAGACAUGCAGACAGAUGGUCCACAGAGAUUUGCAAGAUAUGAGAGGUACCAAAAAAGAGAUGAUGAAAGGAAGACAGCAGCAGUAGCACUUCAAGAGAUGUCACUGAAUGUUCCGCCAACACCAGAAAAACCUUCAGUCCAUGAUAGCUGUAUUAAGACCAUUGCUAGCCUGCGUUUAGAAAAUCAACAACUUUAUACAGAGCUAAAUAGGUUGCAAUGUGACAACACACAUCUGAAAACAGAACUGCUCAACCUAAAAUUUGAAGAUAGUGCAGUGGCUACGGACAGCAAGACAACAUUUUAUACGGGUAUUCCUUCUAAAGCUUUAUUUAUGUGGGUUUUGAGUUUUUGUUCAACUGUGCUUCCUUCGUCUCGUGUCGUCUCUCCAAAAGGUGUGUUACUGUGCCUACUCAUUAAGCUGAGACUAAAUCUACAUUUAGAAGACAUUGCUUUCCGCCUGAAUAUUUCAAAGACAACUGUGUCAGACAUUCUCAAUCAAGGAUUACCUGCCUUAGCCAAGAAGUUGAAUUUUUUAGUACAGUGGCCAGACAAAGACAGUCUAAUCAAAAACAUGCCAGUAAUUUUCAAAAAGACUUAUCCUCAAUGUGUAAGCAUCAUAGAUUGUUUUGAGGUUUUUAUAAAUCGACCAGGUCACCUUACAGCAAGAGCUCAAACAUGGUCCAACUACAAACACCAUAACACCAUUAAGUUUCUUGUUUCGAUCACACCAACUGGUGCCAUAUCCUAUGUUUCACGUGCAUUCGGUGGAAGGACAUCAGAUAAGGUAAUUACUCAACGCAGUGGGUAUCUAGACAAAUUAGAACAUAAUGACCAAGUUUUAGCUGACCGUGGAUUUCUUAUUUCUGAAGAAUUAGCUAGUCAUGGAGCUACCUUGAUCAUCCCAGCAUUUACUCGGGGAAAAUCUCAACUAAGUGCAAAAGAGAUUGAACUCACAAGACAGAUUGCUCAUGUACGCAUACAUGUUGAACGUGCCAUAGAAAGAGUAAAAAACUUUAACAUUCUUAGUACCAACAUGAACCUUCAUCUUGUACCACAUUCAGACAGUAUUGUGACUAUUUGUUCUUGUAUUUGUAAUUUACAACCAGCUCUUGUUUCCUAAUUUGUAUAAAUGUGUAUUCAAAAAGAAAUUUGAAGAUAUUGUAUAGUGUUCAUUUAUUUUUGUACAAAAUCAUAUCAUAGUCAUCAUAACAUCUAUAUAUAAGAAUAUUCAUUGAAUCAAAUUAAAUAUAAUAUAUGAUAAUGUAUAAACAUAUGUACAUGUGCAAUAGAAAACUUUAACAAUUUGAGUUGUAAUUUUUCUAGAUCAAAUUAGUUCAUCAUGUUCAGAACAAAGUAAAGUGUUAUAAGAUCCUGUUUUUUCAGGCUGAAAUUUGUGUAAUAUAACUUAAUCAAUAAUAGUAGCUUUUAUCAUAUUUAUCUUAAACAAUAGCCUUUUCUGAAAUAGUAGCUCUUGUCAAAAUUUAUCACAAAAAGUAAUACAUGUACAUGUAUGAUGUAGUAGUAACAUAACUUAUGCUUAAACCUAAAUAGUAGCUUUUCCAAUGUCUGAUGUUACUGGUUUUUUUUUCUCAGAUGAAAACUUAUUUACCAUAUUAUAAUGUUAUAUAUAUAACAAACAUUAUUUACUUGUUAGAUAGUGCUCAUUUGUCACAAUAUAAAACAUAAGCAUGUUAUUUGUACUGUUAUCUAUAUCAUGUAUAUAUGUACUUUUAUUUUUCCCAUGAAAAAUAAAUGAUAUAAUUACAACAACUAAUGUCUAUUAUUAAAAAGUUGAUUGAA